UCUCAGAACAAACUGUCAGUUCUUACCUUGCAGCUCUGGGGGAGCAUAUAAUUCACAACUUAUUCGAAGAUAGUCCCUAUUUUUCUCCACUUACACUAGUUUUGCAAGAUAUCGUAAUCAGAAUGAAUCCUGAACUGAGUUUUUAUAAUUGUAGUCGGAGUACAAAACUGUUGCUGUUUCUUCUCCUUUCAGGAAUUGAAAUUCUGAUGUGUGAAGGUGAAAGUAAUAUUAGUCUGACUAUAGAAGAGGAAAAUCAGAAUGUUGCUUGUCGAACAGAACGUCGUUCAUACCUUCCCUACGACCAAUACAAAAUAGAUACAUGUGCGAGGUGCUACCAUUACAUGCCGCACAAUUCAUUCAAAAAUAAAUUUAGGUACAGAUGGCAACUUUUAGGUCUCUUAAAAGAUACCGUCACAAAUAAAUCGUUUGAAGCGGACCCUUUUAAUGCAAGCACGGCCAUACUGGAAUCAUUUUCCGAAGAAUCAUUUAUUUACAAAUGGAGAGGAUGUUGCGUAGCUGCCAUGGAAUGUUGCGAAAGGAUGGUUUCCAUGCCAACAUUAGUUUCAGAUUCCACUUAUUGUCCACGUACAUGGGACGGAUGGCAGUGCUGGGAUGACACACCAGGGGGCACCACGGCCGUAAACGUUUGCGCUGGGCACAUUUAUUUUUUAAAUGAGCCUCCAUCAUGUCCAAAGUACGCUUACAAAGUAUGUUGGCCAAAUGGAACUUGGUAUGAAAAUUACAACAGACGAGAAUGGACAAAUUAUACGAAAUGUGGAAGAACAGAUGAACACAGACGCCAGCUGUACUUUCAUGUUGCUACUUAUUCAAUAUCUGUCAUUUCUAUGGUGCCUGCUCUUAUUAUAUUCUCAGUAUACAAGCAGUUACAAGUGCAUCGCAUCUCCAUGCACAAGAACCUCUUCGUCUCAUUCUUCUUCAAGGGAUUGGCUGUCGUCCUCUUCAAGUUCUUCGUCGUCAUCGAUGAAUUCAAUAGAUCACCCACUUACGUCACCAUCAUGGCAUACAACAGCAUAGCGUGCAGAAUUUUGCUUAUCUUUACAAAAUAUUUUAAAAUGACAAACUAUAUGUGGAUGUUCUGUGAAGGGUAUUACCUCCACAAAUUGAUAGCAGCAGCGUUUGCAGAGCAAAAAAAUCUCAUCAUGUUCUACAUUAUAGGAUGGGUAUUCCCAUUGAUUCCCGUGUGUAUCUACGCUGUAUUAAGAAUAACUCAAGCAAAUGAAAAAUGUUGGGCCUAUCCGAUUGAGAGUUAUGAAUGGAUUAUGAAUGGACCAAAUAUGUUGAGUCUAAUGGUGAGUUCAUGUUUGAAAAUUAUUUUGACAACUAUAAUCAAUGGUCGGAAGUAG